AUGAGUAACACAACUUGUUCAAAUCAAAAUCUCAAUGUUAAACAUGUUGCAACACUAUUCGAAGAAGUUCAAAAUCGUUAUAUUAAAAAAUUAACAACGAUCGAUGAGAAACAUAUCAAUGGUGAUGAACGUCAUAAGCAAAAACUAGCUAUUUAUGAAAGUUAUGUAAAAGAUUUAUCAAUUCAAACACGUUUACUUUUACAAAGUCUUGAUGAACUCGAAAGAGAAGCUAAUCAACGUGUUGCUCUACUUGAAAAUAAGCUUAAAAAAGCGCAUGCUUCUUUACAACAACAUCAUUCAUUAUCCGACGUAACAAAAAAUGUUAGCAGUAUUGAAGCGGAAAAAUGGAAAUUAAGUCAUGAAAAUCUUGAUUUAAAACAUGAUCUCGAUUCCUUAACAUCGUUUAUUAAUACAGCUAAACGAACAGGUAAAUGGGAUACAAAAAGACUUCAAUUGAAAACUAUUCCACUUGAUCGUAUCAUUGGUGUAACAAAUGAAGAUACGCAUACCGCAACAUCUCUACACAAAGAAAUUCAAUAUCGUGAUGAACGUAUUCAAGUUUUACAAGCUGAAGUAGAACAACUUCGAAAAACAAAAAAUGAAUUAGCUAGACAAGCACCAAAUAAACCUUCAACUUUUUCUUCGUUCAUGGCUGACGAUGAAUUCAAAGAACAAAAUAAUAUUCUUGCGAAAAAAGUCGAAGAUCUUCGUGCCAAACUUAUUGAAGAAUGUCAAAAUACUGAAACAUUCAAAAUGGAUCUACGUCUUAAAGCUAAUGAAUUAAAAGAUCUUCAAGAAGAAUUUCAACAAAAUAAACAACGUUCUGAUGAACAUAUACAUGAUUUAUCAACUAAAUUAAAAACUAUUACAGAUCGUCAUCGAGACUCAACAGCAUUGCUCAAUAAUGAUAUUAAAACAAAGAAACAACAAAUCGAACAGUAUACACAACAAAUAGAACAAGUUUUGCAUGAAAAAGCUCAACUUGAAAGUGAUCGUAGUGAUUUAGAACGACAAUGUCGCGUUAAAGAUUCAAUAACAGCUGAUUUAGAAGGACAAAUUCGCAAUCUUCAACGAGAAUUAACAUCAAACAGUUAUCCAACGAUUCCUGUACAACCUAUUGAAUCGACUGUACCGAAAAUUGAAUAUGAAAAACUCGAUCAAGAAUUACAUUCAACAAAAAAACGACUGGAUGGUGUCGUAGCUGAACUGAAGGCGAAAGAUGCAUUGAAUAAUAAACUUGAACAAGAUCUUCGGGCGUCGAAAAAAUCUCAUGAUGAACAAUUAGAACAACAUAUUGAAACAACGACAAAUGAUGUUGAACAAUUAGAUAAAGAAAUUCGAGCAUUAAAACGUCUAUGUGAAGAAAAAAAAGAUCAACUUCAUAAACAAUCCCUAGAGUUACGUGCGUGUCAAGAACAUUUAGCUGUUGAAACAAGUAAAAAUGCAACAAAUGAACAUGAACAUCAAAAAUUAUCUAAUAUAAUUCAAUCGACAAAGGAACAAAUCGAAAAACUUGAACAUCAUCUAAAAGACUCUUCAGUGCAAAAUCAACAACUCGAAUAUACAAUAAAUGAGUUAACUUCUCGAAAUAAUCUAGUUGAAACAAAACUAAUUGAAACCAUGACAUUAAUUGAUUUACGUAAUAAAACACUAAUGGAUUAUGAACAACAAAUGGAUAAAAUUAAAAUGGAACUAAUACAAAAGCAUCAAGAAAUUCUUGAUAAACAAGCUCAUAUUGAGAAAUUAGAAGAAAUCAUUAUUGAGAAAUCCGCUGAAGUCUCACAACUAUCUGAAACACUUGAAACUGGUCUUAUUAAAAGUCAUCAUCGAGAAAAAUACGCCGAAGAUAACGCAUCAAAAGCACAACAUGACAUCAAAGUUUUACAGCGUGAACUUCGUCAUGUAUCGGAAGUACUAGUUCAACGUGAACAUGCCAAUAGUGCACUUAAUCAGCAAAUUCAACAAUUAACAAAUGAAUUGAAGGCAAAACAAGAUGAAUUUCAGCAAAUACAAAAAUCAUUAAAUAAACAGUUAGCAAGCAAACAAGAACAACUUGUACGUUAUGAUCAAAAUCUUCAUGAAGUAGAAAUAAAAUCAAAAUAUGCUAAAGAAGAAUGUUUAAUACAAGAAAAAGAAAUUACUCGUUUAAACAAUGUUCAAGAAGAACAAGAAAAUCGUCUGAGAUUAUUACAACAAGAUUUAUUAAAACUCCAACAAGAGAAAGAAUCUAUCAAUGUUCAAUAUGAACGUUCCGAAGGUGAUUUGCAUAAUAUAAGAAUUCUUCGUGAAGAUGAAGGUCGUAAAUAUCGUCAUGAAAUUGAAAAAUUAAAUAGUGAAAUAUCUGCAUUAAAACUAAGUGAAACUGGUUGCCUAAAAAAUAUCGAUGAAUUUAAAGAAAAUCUUUUCAAUAUCACAAGUGAACGCAAUGAUUUACGAGAACAAAAUGAAACUUAUCAAAAUGAAAUCGAAAAUAUACAAAAAAUGUUAUAUGAUGAAACUGAAUCAGCUUCAAAAUCUUCAACAAAAAUCGUUUUGUUAACGCGUCAACUAGAUGAAGAACAAAAACGUGCUACUGACGCUGUGCAUCAAUUAGAUGACUUACGUAUGCAAUUAAAAAGUUCAUUAAUGACUAUUGAUACCCUGAAAAGUGAACUAAGUCAAACACGUUUACACGCACAAGAACAAGCUAUUAAAGAAGUAGAUUUCAAACAAAAUUUAAAUCGAACAAAUUCAAUGUUAGAAGAAACAAAUAAAUCACUUGAUGAUCGACUACGCGAAAUUGAAACACUCAAUCAUCUCAUAUCCCGUUUACAACUUGAUUAUGAAAAAUCGAAAAAUGAUUUAUCAAUAGCACAUGAUCAUAUGGUUCAACUUGAAAUCGGAAAUCAAACAUUCAAACAACAUUUAACAGAGAAAACAACUGAAUUGUCCGCAAUUACAAAUCGACUUCAUCAAGUUCAACAAGACUUUCAUUCGUAUGAAAAAGAACAUCGAUAUUCAAAUGAAGAAUAUUUUGAACGUGAACAACGUAUGAAAACAAUUGAAAAUGAAUUAUUAACGAAGUCUAGUAAUUAUGAAAAACUUCAACGUGAACAUUCCGCAUUAAAUGAAGAUUUAACUAAAUGUCGCAUUGAUCUAGAACAAAGUCAAAAAUCUGAUAUUUCACAUAAGGAACAAUUAGUACAAUCAACAGAUGAAGCACAAAUUUGUAAACAUAAAUUAGGUUUACUUGGGAAUUGCUUCAAGACAAUUGUUCGAAAGGCAUCUGAAACCAGUGAACGAUGGGCUAAUAUUACUUCGAAACUUCAUGAACAAGUAACUGAUUUAAGUGAAGAUGCAAAUAAACUUCGUUCACUCGACGAACGUUUUGAACAAUCAACAAAAAUGUUAACACUUUUACGAAGUCAACAUGAAGAUUUAAUUUUACAAUUUAUGACUGUUAAACCAGCACUAGAAAAAGCUCAUUUAUAUGUUCGAGAAUAUAAACGUAAAUGGUCACAAACAAGUGAUGAAAAUCGUCACUUACGUAUGGAAACAAAACGUUUACGAGCUAAAAUUGAUGAUUUCCAUCGAGCUGAAGGUAUAAUGCAUACAAAAAUUGAUGAACAAGAAAUGAGUUUAGUACAAUUACGUAAAGAGCUCAAUAAUGAAGUACAAAAUCUAUCCGAAUCUCAAGCAGUUAUUGAACGUUUAAAACAUUCCUUAAAUGAUACAACAAAUGAACGAGAUGAAUUGAUUAAAAAUGUGGCGAAUAUUAAUAAAAAAAUUGAAAAACUUGACAAUGACAUUGAUGGAUAUACGGAUGAAAAUCGUUUAUUACAUCAAGCAACACAAAAACUAGAAAAACAAUUAGCAAAUGCACAUGCACAUAUUGAAUCAUUACAAAGAACAUAUCAACAAAACGAAUUGUCAUAUCAAGAAAAAAUCAAUGAAUGUGAAUCAUUAAUAAUAUCAUUAAAGGAUGCUAAUCGAGAUGCCUUGUCUGUAUUAGAACAGAAAAAGUCUGAAUUAAAUAUGGCACAGACAGACAUACAAUCAUUAAAAUAUGAACAAUCGAUAACAACGUCAAAGUUUGAAAAUGCCGAAGAAUUAAAUCAAGAAUUAAAACGGCAUAUAUCUGUUAUUGAACGAUCGAAUGAUGAACAUAAACGAGUACUACGAAAACGUGACAAAGAGCUUGAACAAGUUAAAAAUGAUUUUGAACAAAAUUUGAAAAAUGCUACAAUACUGAAUAAUAAAUGUACAAAACAAGAAGCAGAAUUGAAUAUUCUUCACCUUGAAAAUUCGUCAUUGAGUGAAGAAUUAAAAUUAAUGCGAGAAAAUGUUAAUCGCUGUGAAGACGAACAACGACGUUUAAGAAAAGAUUGCGAUCAAGCAUUAAAUUUUAUUCAUGAUGGCAUUCCAGAAUUGUGUUUGGACGAAGGAAUUCAUGACCAUAAUCGAAAUGGAGCAUUACAAGAACAUUUAAAGAAAAUUCCAUCGUUAAUGCAACAAUUAACAGGCGAUAGAGAAAAUUUAAAAACGAAAAAUCAGCUUUUACUACAAUUUGUUCAUGGACUUAGUUAUGAUCUAAACGAUUGUCAAAGUGGUCAAAAAAAAUACAAAUUACUCAAAGCCCAUUCCAAACAACAACAAUUAUUAUUAAAUCAAUUAGAAUCUCAUGUUCGCUUUUACGAAUCUGUUUUCAAAGAAAAAGGGUUCUUUCCGACAAUUGAAUACGCAUCAGGAUCAACUGUAGCCUCAGCACCUGACGUUAUCGACAGUAAUAAUAACCGGAGAAAAGCAAAUUCUAUGUGCUUACCAGAUCGUACUAAUGGAUCGUGUGAAUGGAAAUUAUUUGGUUGGAAUCCGUAUCGUGGAUGUGGAUAUAAUCAACAGAUGAGUUCAUAUUUAUGUAUUAUGAAAAAUCUUGAUGGAUCAAAAUCUACAUUUCUUUCAAAACUAAAUAUAUCAACGAAUCAUCAAUACUGUUUAGAAUUCAAAUAUCUUACCACUGGAUCAAUUACAGAUGCUUGUAUGAAUUUUUAUGGGAAAAAUUCUUUGAAUAUUAAAAUUCAAUCUAGAUUAUUUUCUAGUUUUUGCUUUCCAAAGCAACAGCUCGAAUUAUUCUGGUAUUCCUUAACUGUUCAACUGCCAGAAAAUUUAACUAUGAUCAAUGUUGUCACCGACACGAAUGGCAUUGCUAGUAAUCAUUCAUUAAUCAUUAAAGAUUUAUCUAUUCAACAAUGUCAUCGAAUAACGACGUUGCAAAUCAGUUCACCGAUGAAUACAACCAUUUUAUCUUCACAAUUGAAUAGAAAAAAAACUUUCUGGAUUCAAUAUCGUUGGAUACUAAUCAUUGGUACUCUAGUAGUCUUGUUCACAUCACUUAUCAUUAUUAUUACCAUCAAUCUCUACGUCUCUGAUCGAAUAUUUCAUCAAGAACCAACAAUAACUGAACGAAUACAAAUUACAUCUAUGAAUCUUUCUCAACAUUUUUAUGAGGAACCCGUAUCAAUUAUUUUAACUCCUCCAAUAGAUAUAAGUGUGUAUGAUCAUGUGCGAGAUAAUUAUCGCGUUGAUAUUCGUUUUUCUUUCAAAACAAAGAAAUCCUCUUUCGUUACGAUGUCGUCAAUAAUAACUGAUGGUGAUAAUCAUCAAAAACAAGAUAAAUAUGAAUCUAUUUUUAAACAUUAUGGUUUCCAAAUGCGAGCACCGCAUCUCGAUCAUCAAAAUGAGAAAAAUAAUAUUGAGAUAAAUACUGAUUUAAAUAAAUAUAAAAGAAUAUUACAUGAAAUUAAAACAAAAUUCUUGCAAAGAAAUGAGAGUAACAAAAAAGAGAAAAAAUCAAGAACUAUGGCCAGUAAAACACAGCAAGCAAUAAGUAAAAGAUCGUCAAUAAAAUCUAACCGAAAGAAAGACUCGGAGAAAGAAGGCGCAAAACAAAAUCGAGAGAGUGUUAUAAAAAUUACACUCCCUGAUGAAGCUAAAGCUCGUAAAACUACAUAUAGUAAACAACAACAAAAAACAAAUGAAAAUCAACGGAUCUCAGAUACAAAUUCAUCACUGCCAAUCACAUUGUCAAAUUCUCCGUCUAUUACUACCAUGAAAACAGCACAAAAAUUACCAAUAGUCAAUUCCAAAAGUAAUCAAUCAAUAUCAGAUAUACAAUCGAAUAGGAUUUCUACAGAGCCACAAAGUACUAAUCAAAUUAUUUCAUCAACACUUUCGUUUCAUCAGACACAGUCUGGUGAAUCCAAUGCGAAAAUCAAUGCACAGAAAAAUAAGCAGGAUCUAAGCUCAACAAUAAAUAAUUUUGAAUCAACGUGGGAUAUAGAUGAAAUCAACAAAUUUACACGAGAUAUUUUCAAACGUAGUAGCACUAAACCUAUCAUUCGUUCACAUCGAAUUCGAUUGAAAUGUGCUGAAGAUUCGGAUGAUUAUUUAUCGAAAUAUAGUCAACGUCGAACUCAUUGCUUGGAUCUUUUUGAAGAAUAUGUUAAUGGACUUAAACGACCAUUCGGCAUUAUUCGAGACGCAGCUUCUGAUCCACCUGUAUUUGAUCCGGGUCUUACUAUAAUGGGUCCGCGUGUUAAAAAAAAUGCAUCUGUUAUCGAUAAAGAAGAAUUUCAAGUCAUAAAACGGAUUAACAGUAUAGAACCAAGAAAAAAAUAUGCAUUAGUUCAUGAACAAAUAGGAAUUUUCGUCAUUGGCGGAUACAAUUUAUUUGUCAAUAUUCCUGAACAACAAGAACCAGAUAAAGAUUAUUUAUUCAAAUCUGAUGGAAGCAUUGUGCGCAUUUCACGAUUAAGUCCAUGCCGAAUUCAUUUUGGAGUAUACACAAAUGGUGAUGCAAUCUAUGUUGCUGGUGGCCAAAAAAUAAAUAAUGAGUUGCUUGAUGAUAUUCAACGUUUGAAUUUACGAACAUUGAAAUGGGAAUAUGUUGCGACACUAUUAAAUCCAAUUGCUGCUAGAUUUGAAAAUGGAAACGAUUUACCAUCACCACGUUGUCGUAGUCUAGUCUUUGUAGUUGAUAAUGCUUUGUUUUGUGUAUCAGGUUUAAUCGAGCGUCGUGAUCAUAAUGGUAAUAAGAAAAUCAAAAUUUCAACUGAUAUUCUAAAAUGGACACAGGAAGCGCCUACAUGGAUUAAAAUAUCACAAACACCUGAACUUAGUAAACUGCAUGCACUAUCAUUCAAUGAUCCUUACCUUGAAGUCACAAAACAUAAUCUUUCUGAUGAACAUGAUACAUCAGAAGCAACAGCUGAAGCAUAUUAUGAUUUUCGAACGAAUCUAUGGGCGAAUGGCUCAGCACCGGCAUCAGCAAAAACAAUACCAUUGACAAAACAAGAACAUUCAUCUUCUGCUGCGAAAAUCUCCGAUAAAUCAGCAUCGAGAACAACUAAAGAUAAGAAAGUAACAGUGGCCAAAACUGCGUCGAAAAGUAAUCCCUUGUCAAAAACAAAGUCAACUUCAAAAUCUAAAGGUUUCUCGGUAUCAUAG